CACCCACCCAGAUCGCUAAGCGCCCUGAGGUACGAGAUUAGAAACAGCCCUGCAAGCCGUCAGCCUGGAUACUUGUCCUCCUCCGGGCAACGAUCGCUACUGGAUAUCGACAAUGAGGGGUGAAGAAGGCGGCUACAGGACUCCUAUCAGUGGCUUUCCGCACGAAAUGCCCCCAGUCUGGUGUUUGCUGAAGAUGAAUCGGCAAUCUUUUGGAAACCAGCGCUUGGACCAGAGGUUAUUAGCUGCCCUCCAUGAGGACUGUGGAUCAGAUACUUAAUGCUCAUUGUUGUGCUCUUUUUUUUUUGUCGUUUCUGCAGCAGCUUAAUAUUUCGUUCCUUCUGACGUACGAUCUCUCCCCUCUUUUCGUUCUUUACACCUCUACUUCUUGUCUUCUGGAAAGACUUCUUUUCUUCAUCGCCUCUCUUUUCAUAGUGCUGUUGAUCGGACUGCCUUAUACUUACUUAUUACUGUCAACAUGGCCUCUGCACCGUCGCUAGCAGGAUCUUACCACGCAUCAUGUGCAUCUAAUGAGGAAGAGUCGAGCUUCCUCAAGCGAAUCCGCCUCCUCCACUGGGUCCGACUCGGACUUUCAUUCCUUGCCCUGGGAAUUUCCAUCUCUAUCAUCGCUUGUGAAGCGGUGCCUUACCUCCAUUACCGACACACAUCCUCCUUUGAGAGCGUCGGGCUAUACCUAUGGCCCUUGAACUUUGACUUGCGCCCGACAAUCGCAAUCCUCGCAUGCGGCUGCGUUAUUGCAUUUCUGAGCUUGGUUUUUAUCGUUGUAGCUCUCCUACCAUCACCACACUCCCACAUCAGACGCGUCAACCUGGCCGCAGUAACAACAUCCGCAGCGGGCUUCAUCGCCUCCCUCGUCGGUCUAGUCUUCGCCAUCUACCUUCCAGGCUCCUCAUACCCGGUAGACUUCGACGGCGUCGAGACCCUCCACUCCUGGACCUGUAAGUGGAAGGUCUCUCACAACCUCCCUUUAGGGUUCUCCGACGCCGCAAACGAGACAGUCUCGCCGGCGCCGGCGAACUUUGCUCGAGAUUGCUCUGCCACGUAUGCGGCGUUUGUUCUGCUUGGAUUCCUCAUAGGGCUUGAGGUUAUCAUGGGCGUUGCUGCAGGCGUGGGAACUUGGCUUGAGUUGAGUGUUGCGAGGCAGCGUGCGAAUGAUCAGUAUCAGCUUGAGAAGGUUGAGACGACGUUUAAGUAUUCGAGGUGAAAAAAAGGGAAAGAAAGAACAGCUACUGGACGCGUUGAUGGCUUCAUCUAGCUUGGUCCGGGUGAUCAAGCACCUAGCCCUGCUUCGGCUUGUUGGGUUUGAUUUGGGUUCGGGUUGGCGAUAUGGGUAUUGUAUAUAAGUAUUUGUCUUCAUAGUCUUUGAUUAUAUCGUGGGUGGAUAUGCAGUAAUAUAUGAAAUAUGUUCACGAAAACUAUGCAUACUCAUUUCGAGGGACAACUCUAUACAAACAAUGAUGCCCUAAUUCUUAAUCAAUGCCCAGGUUUGCGGUCAC